ACCUACGAAUAAAAUUGCUUUUUUAGUCAGUCGCUAGUCGCUACGCUUCUUCUCUGUUCUUGUGAAAGGUUUAAGCUCAUUGAUGGGGUCAUGGGGGCGUAUUAAUGCAUGUUAUCUCCCUCUUUACUUUCCUCUUUCUCUGUAACAAAGCAACUCAAAUUCUUUUCAUCUUUCAAUAUUUCGAAAGCCCACAACUUUAUUCCUUAGAUCUGCCGCGUUUUUUCUUCAAAGCUUUGAUUUUUUUUUUGCCGUCGCCGUGGCCACCGGAAAAGCCAUUGUUUUCGAUUGUGAAAGUAAGUUCGAUUGUAAAACUGGUUUUGGGUUGAGCGGUUGCGACAAUGACGAUCAAGGUGUUACAGAGGGAUAAGGAUUCCGAGAAAAUCUUAUGGGAUCAGGUGAAGAGCCCUUCAUCCGGCACGCCUCGCUCGAUUUCGGGCUCGCAGAAUCGAGCCAUGGCGAAAUUUAUGGUUUGGUUAAUUCUAUUUGUAUCCGCUACCUAUGUGGUGUAUACUCUCAAGCUGGUUUCUAGUUCCAAAGCCUGCAACGACGACGUUUUCCCUCACCGACAUAGCGCCGCCUUGCCUAUUCGCCGGCAAAUCAACUCCACAGUGGAGCCGUACGCGGCUUUAGGAGAAACGGGGAUUCGGAAAAGUGAGAAAACGGGGUUGGAGCAUAUAGUGUUCGGCAUUGCGGCGUCGGCGAAGCUGUGGGACAAGCGGAAGAAUUACACGAAGCUGUGGUGGAAGCCGGAGGAGAAAAUGAGGGGGAUAGUGUGGCUAGACAAGGCGGUGAAGAAAGCGAAAGGGGAAGAUUCAUCGCUCCCGGAAUUGAGAAUCUCCGAGGACACUUCCCGGUUCGCGUACAAGAACCGGCAGGGCCACCGGUCCGCCAUCCGGAUUUCGCGGAUCGUGUCGGAGACUCUCCGAUUGGGGAUGGAGAAUGUGCGGUGGUUCGUGAUGGGGGACGACGAUACCGUUUUUGUGACUGAUAAUUUGGUUAGGAUUUUGAACAAGUAUGAUCACAAUCAGUUUUACUAUAUUGGGAGUUCCAGUGAGAGCCAUUUGCAGAACAUUUACUUUUCUUAUAGUAUGGCUUAUGGGGGUGGUGGCUUUGCCAUUAGCUACCCAUUGGCUAAAGCUCUUGACAAAUUGCAAGAUAGGUGCAUUCAGAGAUACCCUGGGCUCUAUGGCUCCGAUGAUAGAAUGCAAGCUUGUAUGUCUGAACUCGGUGUUCCACUCACCAAAGAACUUGGCUUCCACCAGUAUGAUGUAUACGGAAACUUAUUUGGGUUGCUAGCGUCACAUCCGGUGACACCAUUGGUCACGUUGCACCAUCUGGAUGUGGUGGAACCUAUCUUUCCCAAUGUUACACGAGUGCAAGCUUUACAGCGGCUUCUAAUUCCGGCGAACCUUGACUCGGCUGGUAUUAUGCAACAAUCCAUAUGCUAUGACAAAGCAAGGAGUUGGACAAUCUCUGUUUCGUGGGGCUUUGCAGUUCAAAUUUUUCGUGGGGUGUUGUCUCCCCGUGAAAUAGAAAUGCCAUCGAGGACCUUCUUAAAUUGGUACAAGAGAGCAGAUUAUACAGCCUAUGCUUUUAACACGAGGCCCGUAAUGAGGAACCCAUGCCAAAGGCCUUUUGUCUUUUAUUUGUCAAGUGCAAAAAUGGAUCCUUUGGGUAAUCAAACGGUCAGCAAGUAUACUCGUCAUCGAGUUCCUCAUCCCGCGUGCAAAUGGAAAAUGGCACAACCGUCUGAAAUUGAGAAAAUAGAGGUUUAUAAGAAGCCCGAUCCACAUUUAUGGGAUAGAUCUCCGAGGAGGAACUGCUGCAGAGUCUUAAAGUCCGAGGGAAAAAACAUGGUGCUGGAUGUGGGUGUAUGUAGGGAAGAUGAGGUCAGUGAAAUAUGAUAAUCCGAAAUUUUGAGCGCCAUUAGUUUUCAAGGGCAAAUUUUCUCCGUCAACUCCUGUGGGUAUCUCUCUUCAUUCAUUAAAUUUUCCUUGCUGAGAUUUUUCUCAGGUUUCCCAAACUAGCCCCCAGGCACUGCCACUAGUAUAGGGAGAAAUGAAUUAGUUUAGCAUAUAUUCUAUCUGUAUACUUGUAAUAUUUAUUAAGACGAUUAGUGCAGUGUAGGCUUCUGGAUUCUCUCUAUUUUUUUUACCCCCCUUGUUGGGUUAUGCACUCCAAUUUUCAUCUCUGUUCAAAGGUCAAGAGUGCUAAAGUGGUCUUAGUCUCUACUUUCAUUUGGUUUUAAAGAGUGUUUACAUAGUUAUAUCAAACUCGAGAGAGUCGGUUUUAAAGAGUUCUUACAUAGUUAUUUCAAACUCGAGAUGAACUCACUCUCUGGUGACUGGCGAGGUAUAUACAACAAUGCCACGCGUAUGUGAGGUACGUUAUUCCUGUGCAGGAACCUGUUAUUUGACUUGUUGUAUAGUCUUCUUCUCCUGUGUUUAGUGAUGGCCAAGUACUUGUGGUCCUGCAUAAAUUGAUGCAAUUUCUCUGGUCUGUUGGUCAUGUUAUUAGUUAUUACCAUAUUGAAUACAUCCCGUGAUUUAUAAUUA